AUGACUGAAGAAGAGAAGCUGAAUUUGGCAUUGAAUUCUAAGCUAAACCCUUUUGCCAAAGAAUGGAGUUCAUCUGAGGCAACUCGUUCAUUGUUCAUGACAUUCUCUCGUGGUUAUCCAAUCUCCAGGAGACAAAUCAUUAAUUUCUUCAAUAGGAAAUGUGGGAAUUGUGUGGAGGAUGUUUUCACAUUCAGGGAACAGGGAAAGGAUCCCACAUUUGGAAAAGUUGUGUUCAAAAACACCUCCAGUUGUGCUUUGGUUUUGAGAAGAGGCUGUGACGUUGCCAGAUUUUAUAUUGGAUCAGGACAUGUUUUGGUGAAGCAAUAUAAACCUCGCCAUUUCAAGAACCUAAAUAGAGUCAUGUAG